UCGCCUCGUAGACUGGUAGCAACGCAGCGCGUCCUUGGGGACAGCCGCACUGCUAUGGCUACCGGUGGCGGCGUGGCCUCCAGAGAGGGGCUGCGCUACGCCGAAUACCUGCCCCCCUCCACCGGAAAGCCGGACGCCGACAUCGACCACGCGGCGGGAAGAAGGCUGAUAGCUGUAGGACUAGGUGUUGCAGCUGUUGCAUUUGCAGGUCGCUAUGCAUUUCAAAUGUGGAAACCUCUAGAACAAGUAAUCACAGAAACAGCAAGGAAGAUUUCAUCACCUAGCCUUUCAUCCUACUAUAAAGGAGGAUUUGAACAAAAAAUGAGUAGGCGAGAAGCUAGUCUUAUUUUAGGUGUAAGCCCAUCUGCUGGCAAGGCCAAGAUCAGAACAGCACACAAGAGGAUUAUGAUUUUGAACCAUCCAGACAAAGGUGGAUCUCCUUACUUAGCAUCCAAAAUAAAUGAAGCAAAGGACUUGCUAGAAUCAUCCACCAAACUUAACUGAUGCUGAAAGAUCCUUCUGAGGGAAAAGGAGAUGCAAGGCUCUAAAAGUUCUACAGAAGAAUGUGGAGCAUGGUUUUGCUUCAUAUUGACCAACUCUGUUCUUCUGUCAUUAAGUGUGCAGCAAUAAAAGACAUGCACCUUGCUCUUCA